AUAAGCAUUUAUCGUUGUAACUUUCUCAAAAGGAGGCUUAAAAUUGAAUAACUGAGAUAAGUAGCAAUUUGGAACGAAACGUGUCCAAUCACUAUUAAAGUUCAUUAAUUUUUCGAGACGAUAUUGGAAACGACUUUCUCGCUCGACAAGUUUGUUCAGUAAGAUCUCACGAGAACUCAAGAAACAGUCAAUCGAAGGCACUUUAAGGAUAAUUUACACGGCAAAAGAGAGAAAAAGAGAGAUAUAGACGAGUACGCACGACCAACGCGUACGAUCACAAAAUCGCAUAUCACACCGAACCCACGCACGAUUCGCGCGUGCGUGCUCACGUGUUCACGGAUGCAACCGGGUGGUGCAACGUGGCCAGCAUCACGUACCCACGCUUCGAGCGCCCACGCGAGAUGCGUAUGAGCGCGUGACGUUCUUCGUCACACGAGAACGACCCGACUGAGCGAAUGAACAGAAUCUAGCGGGAGAUCCAGUCCAAGAGUGAAUCAUGCGUCCCACGCUUUUGCCGGCGCCGCUUUUACUGGCGGUGCUGCUCGCCUGCCAGGUAGCCCGUUGUUUCCUACUGGAGGGUUCCGCGACGAGCUAUGCACAAUUUCGCAAAUGGAACGCCGGCCUGAACGGCACCCUCGAGUUCGAGUUCAAGACCGAGCAGGGUAACGGGCUGCUGCUCUACACGGACGACGGCGGCACUUACGACUUCUUCGAGGUCAAACUGGUCGAGAGCGCUCUCAGACUGAGGUACAAUCUUGGCGGCGGGGCGCAGAUUGUCACGGUUGGCCACGACCUCGGCGACGGCCACUGGCACAAGGUACAGAUCACCAGGUGUAACGAGAACACUACCCUAACUGUGGACGGUAUCGGCGCGGUCUCGACGUCGCGCGGCAAGGAGUUCGAAUUCGGCAAGCUUGCCGGGAACUCGGACGUCUACGUGGGCGGUAUGCCUAGCUGGUACAACAGCAAGCUGACGCUGUUGGCGCUGCCUAGCGUCAUAUUCGAACCAAGAUUCAAUGGAUUUAUUAGGAAUCUCGUGUAUGCCGACGGGGAAAAUACUGUGCCCAGAAGGCAGGAGAUGAAGAGUCGGGAUGUCAAGUGCGGUGGCUUUCCCUGCGUCGAGAGCGCCAAUAAACGCAAGUCGCCGAGGGCUGUAGCAAAAGACAGAAUCAGAGAAGAGAUGUUAGAAGUUAUAUUUGAUGUAAAAUUACACAAUAUGAAUAUAAUCUAUUAA